AUGUCGACCAGUAAGACAGCAAUCAUUUCUGUCUAUGACAAGACCGGCCUCCUCGAUCUAGCAAAGGGCUUGAUCAAGCACAAUGUUCGACUCCUAGCUUCUGGGGGAACUGCGAAGAUGAUUAGAGAGUCUGGCUUUGCUGUGGAAGAUGUUUCUGCCAUUACUCAUGCGCCAGAGAUGCUCGCUGGUAGAGUGAAGACCCUCCAUCCUGCUGUUCAUGCGGGAAUUCUCGCACGCGAUCUUGCCUCCGACGAAAAAGACCUCGCCGAACAGAACAUCAAUAAGGUUGACUAUGUCAUCUGCAAUCUGUAUCCUUUCAAGGACACAAUUGCUAAAAUCAAUGUCACAAUUCCCGAGGCUGUGGAGGAAAUUGAUGUUGGAGGAGUUACCCUGAUCCGAGCAGCUGCGAAGAACCAUGGCAGAGUAACAAUCCUCAGUGACCCAGCCGACUACCCUGAGUUCUUGCAAGAGCUCGAGAAAGGUGAAGUUGCCGAGCGGAGCAGAAAUCUGUAUGCCCUGAAGGCGUUUGAGCAUACAGCGGACUAUGAUGCUUCGAUAUCAGAUUUCUUCCGAAAGCAAUACGCAGGAGACGGAGUCCAACAGAUUGCUCUUCGCUAUGGCGCAAACCCACACCAAAAGCCUGCUGCGGCAUACAUGAAGAUGGGACCGUUGCCAUUCAAAGUCCUGUGUGGAUCGCCUGGCUAUAUCAACUUGCUUGAUGCUCUUAAUGCAUGGCCUCUUGUGAAGGAGCUGAAGGCUGCCCUGGGACAUCCAGCUGCAGCAAGCUUCAAGCACGUCUCACCUGCGGGCGCGGCCAUUGGAGUGCCUCUUACUUCCGAUGAGAGAAAGGUCUACAUGGUUGACGAUAUUGAGGAUCUAGAGAAAUCUCCUCUUGCGCAAGCAUAUGCCCGUGCACGAGGUGCCGAUCGUAUGAGUAGUUUCGGUGAUAUGAUUGCGUUGAGUGAUAUCGUUGAUGUCCCAACAGCAAAGAUCAUCUCCCGGGAAGUUUCAGAUGGUGUGAUUGCUGCCGGUUAUGAGGAUGCAGCGCUGGAGAUCUUGAAGAAAAAAAAGGGAGGCAAGUAUUUGGUUCUUCAAAUGGAUCCCGAGUACGAACCAUCUCCCCAGGAGUCAAGGAAUGUUUACGGCAUUACUUUGACCCAGCACCGCAACGACAUCAAGAUCUCUCCAAAGUCCUUCUCGUCAAUCAUUACACCAAAGGAAGCGGGACAUUUGCCAGAUUCCGCUCUCAGAGACCUGACCGUUGCCACUAUUGCCUUGAAGUACACUCAAAGCAACUCAGUGUGCUAUGCUCUUAACGGUCAAAUCAUUGGUCUCGGUGCAGGUCAGCAAUCACGCAUCCACUGCACACGUCUGGCUGGAGACAAGGCCGACAAUUGGUGGCUUAGAUUCAAUCCCCGUGUCCUCGGAAUCAAGUGGAAGAAAGGCACCAAGCGACCAGAUAAGAGCAAUGCAAUCGAUCUGCUGGUUAGUGGUCAAUUACCAAAGACUGGGCCUGAGAGGGAGGGCUAUGAAGCUUUCUUUGAGGAAGUUCCGGCGCCGUUCACUGAGGCGGAGAGAACUGAAUGGCUUGGAAAGCUCAGCGAGGUUGCUCUUUCCAGCGAUGCCUUCUUCCCCUUCAUCGACAAUGUCUACAGAGCUGGACGAUCAGGAGCCAAGUACAUUGCUGCACCAACUGGUAGCCAGAACGACUCUUUUGUCUUUGAGACAGCCGAGAAGCUCGGCAUCACUUUUGUGGAGCAGAGCAUUCGUCUGUUCCACCACUAG